GCGAGGGAAAGAGUUGUAAACGCAAAGCGCGUGCUGGAAAAGCCGAGGCGUAGGGCUGAGAGCGCAGCGCGAGCACCGGAGACCAGCAGGGGCAUCUCUCGUCACAACAUCCAGCCUCUCAUCCACCCGCUCUCCAUUUAUUCGCGAUUUUUUUUUCCGUUUUUAUCGUUGAAGCCUGAAUCGUAGGAAGCGAUAGGGCCCGAGUUCCGCAGCGAGGCUUUUGUUAGCCCGUGUUGGGGGCAGCUACUGUUGUCCCUCAGCGGGGGAGCGCGUUAUCAUCUUUAGGUUAUUUGGGAGGCAAAACCGCAGCCUUUCACCGCGUGUUCGUUAAAUAUCGAUUUUAGGUGUGUUGUUGCGUAAUUUCGGAUCUGGUAAAACCGGAUUACCUGGGAUUUUUUUUUAAAACAGCGUCGCGGGUCUUUGUGUGGCUUCUGCUUCGUGUCCCUGUUUGCAAGCUACCAGAAGUUCCGCACUCCGAGCUCCAAAACAUGUGCUCCCGGGUGUGGUUUAUCACAGACCGGCGGAUCAGCCAGGAGUACCCGCAGGUCCAGAUCCUGCGAGCUCUGAAGGAGCGCUGCGCCGAGGACGAUGUUGAAUUCCGCUAUCUUCUAAUGGAUGAGAUCGUCCUGACCAUCACGGAUGGACAGCUCGGUCUGCGGGUUGGGCAGGAAAUCGUUACAUCAUACCCGCAAGUUGCUGUGGUGCGCGUUCCGACCCCAUGGGUCCAGUCGGACAGCGACAUCACUGUUCUGCGUCACCUGGAGAAGAUGGGCUGUCGUCUGGUCAACCGGCCUCAGGCCAUCCUCAACUGUGUCAACAAGUUCUGGACCUUCCAAGAGCUCGCCGGGCAUGGAGUGCCUCUGCCAGACACGUACUCCUACGGAGGACAUGACAACUUUCGCAAGAUGAUCGAUGAAGCCGAGCCGCUGGGUUACCCCGUGGUGGUGAAGAACGCUCGUGGACACCGAGGUAAAGCUGUGUUCCUGGCCCGGGAUAAGCACCACCUCUCAGACCUGUGUCAUCUGAUUCGCCAUGACGCCCCGUACCUGUUUCAGGAGUAUGUGAAGGAGAGCCAUGGGCGGGAUGUGCGGGUGGUUCUGGUCGGGGGGAGAGUGAUCGGAUCCAUGCUGCGCUGCUCUACCGACGGACGCAUGCAGAGCAACUGCUCACUGGGUGGGGUGGGAAUGAUGUGCCCCCUCAGUGAGCAGGGGAAGCAGCUGGCUGUGCAGGUGUGCAAUAUUUUGGGGAUGGACGUCUGUGGAGUUGACCUGCUGCAGCUAAACGACGGUUCCUUUGUGGUGUGCGAGGCCAACGCCAACGUGGGCUUCAUCGCGUUCGACCAGGCUUGUGGGAUGGACGUGGCAGGCAUCGUGGCCGACUACAUCCUCUCUCUUCUGCCAAGCCGCCUCAGCAGGAAGAUGUCGCUGCUUUCUGUGGUCUCCAGCACCAGCGAAACCAGCAGCGAACCCGAGGGGUGUAUCCCGACCGAGGUGAUAAUCCCCACGGAGGUGUGUAUUCCCAAUGAGAUCUGCCCACCUGGCGCUACCUGUGCCAUCACUGACGCCGUCUCCACCAUGAGCACAAGCUCCACCUCCAGCGAGAGCGAGGUGGAUCUAACGGAAACAGGCCCCGCUCCCGUCACUGCAGAUCCCGCCUACAAUAUCAACUCCCUUCUCGCGAGUGAGAUAAAACUGUUGACUGAGUUUACUGUCUUACCAAAACACUUCUCUGGUUGAGUGCCGCUCUGCCCGAUACCAUCCAUCAGCUUACACAGAAAUGGAGAUGGAGCUCAUGACGAAGAGCUUUCAAUGCAAGAGUUUCUCAUUGAGACAGUACACCUCUGCAUGACUAGUCUGCCACAUCCUGAAUUACAUAACAAUUGUCUCUCCCCUCAGUUCAUGUCCAAGCACCGCCCUUGAGCCCACCCAUAGACCGUCCCACAGGAAGUAAACAGGGCUCAACGCCAGCCUCAGAUUUUAGCAAACGUUUGUUUCCAUUCUCUACUGAAGUGGAAGUUAUUGGCGGUCAGCCUCUGGAGAGGUUCUAGAACUUUGAAGUCUACCAGUGGCUCUCAAUCUAAUGGACCUUGGAGAGAUUUAAUAUUAGCACAGCACUGUGUUGAUUUUUGCAGAUGUGUUUCUAUGCAUGUCUCACCUAUAUUAGCCUGUG